GAACAGAUGUGGGUGUAUGGACGUAGGUAUAAGGCCUACCCACUGUAUUUGUCACUGAGUUGGGGUUCACCAUGUUGGCUGUCAGAGUUCUGCUCAUAGUCUUCUGUGUCUUAUUUGGCAAGGGAGAAACCAAUGUAAAUAUAGACUAUGAUGUGGACCACCCUACAGAGCCAUCGUCCAUUUUUGACCUAGGCGAUUGGUUGAUUGAUCUCCUGGAUGAUAACAAUGUGUGUGAGCCGAACCCUUGUUUCAAUGGGGGCUCAUGUCAUAGAAAGUCGGACACUGAGUUUGAGUGCUUGUGUCUAGAGCCCUAUGUAGGCAAAGGAUGCCAGAAAGUGAAAAAUAUCUGUGAAAAUGUGAAAUGUGGCCAUGGCAUGUGUGUUGUUGACCUUGGUAAACCUCCGUUUUAUCAGUGCAAAUGCAUAUCACCGUACACCGGGCCUGACUGCAUGUCCUUGCCAAGUGAUCCCUGUGAUCCAAAUCCUUGUCAACAUGAUGGCGUCUGUAUCCGUGGGUCCAAACGUUUCUACUGUGCCUGCCCAAUAGGACACACAGGGAAGUUCUGUGAAAGUGUUCCUGGUGACUGUUAUGUCCAAAAUGGAGAGACGUACAGAGGCAUGGUCAGUAUCACACAACACGGAGAGGAAUGUUUGGACUGGCAUUCCUACUUUGUUCUGGCUCGUGUUGGAAAUGUUUUCCGUCGAUUCCCAGAGUUUGAUGGACUUGAAAAAAACAACCACUGCAGAAAUCCAGACGGAGACCUCAGACCAUGGUGCUACGUUAGAAGAAGAAGAAGGCUGGUCUAUGACUACUGCAAAAUCGAGAAGUGCCCUGAAGCUCCGACCACCCCGGUCCCAACAGUGACCCCCAGUCCCACCUCUCAGUUCUCUCAGUGCGGGGUGGGCCGACCUAAGAGGGCCUCCAGGAUCUAUGGAGGCACCAAGGCGUUCCCUGGAUCUAACCCGUGGCAGGCCUCAGUGCAGAGCAGGAGCAGCGGCUCCAGUCUACCCUUUGAACACAUAUGUGGAGGUAUACUGCUCUCCUCCUGCUGGGUUCUCACGGCUGGACACUGUAUAAUACAAGGAAAAGAGUAUCAAGUUGUUUUGGGUGGAAUCAACAUCCUGAAAGAGGAGGACAUGGAUCAGACCCUCCCGGUGACCAACACAUAUAUUCACGAGAACUACAGCGAAACACCUGUGUCAGUGCACAAUGACAUUGCUCUUCUUAAGCUCAACAUCACAGAAAGCCCUUACUGUGCAAAGGAAACUCCUUUUGUCAAAGCUGCAUGUCUUCCAGAUGAGCCCUUCCCUGCUGGAAAGGAGUGUGUCAUCUCUGGAUGGGGAGCAACUGAAACACAGAGCUACAGUAGUCAUCUGAUGAACACAAAUGUAUUUCUGAUCUCUGAUAAGAAAUGCAAAGCUCCUCACAUCUAUGCAAGUGCACUGGAUGACAGUAUGCUUUGUGCUGGGGUCUUAGAGGGAGGCAUAGACGCCUGCCAGGGUGACUCCGGUGGUCCAUUGGUGUGUGAGACAAAUGGCACUUAUUAUAUCACAGGAGUGGUGAGCUGGGGCGAUGGCUGCGGACAGCAGAACAAGCCUGGAGUCUAUGCAAAUGUGCUGAAGUUUAGAGACUGGAUUUUAAACAAGAUUAAUUAAACUUAAACUAGACUUAAUAUAUUUACAUUUGCAUUGUGUUACUUUUUGAUUUUAGAUAGUAGGGACAGACCAUCAUUUAACUGAUUGAACCCUGAAAAAAGAACAAUUUGAACAAAAGAAGAAUUUGCUUUGGAAAAAAUAUUUUAUUAGCAAUUAAACCAAGCAUUUA